UUGCAGGAAGACUGAAGUUACUGCGCCAUUGUUUCUCCUCCUGUAACGCUAUUUGGCAGAGAAAGGGGAGGGGAACGUUCGGCUGUAGAAUCGGUGGUGCCAUCAAACGGAGUCUACGACAGUGGAACUGGGGAGAAAGCGGGAGACGAAAUGUUUUCAUAUCUUCCUAUAAUUUCACAAUAAAACGGAUUUACCCCGAGUCCUGAUGUGGUUGUGAAUGGAGACACGGACCUGCCCUGAAGUCUGUCAACAUUGAGCCAUGGACAAACUGGAUUGCAUACCAUAGAUAAUCUUCCCCCACCUCAGUUAUCUAUUUUCCGUGGGUACCGUAGACAGGUCCCGUCCCCCCACUAUUUCCCUGUUUCCAUUGUCUCAGUUGGUUGCAAUUUAUAGAUUUUUCACUUUCUCACUACUCCUGAUCCUCUGAUUGGACUCACUGGAUUCGAUUUUAGAUGUAUGCCCUCACCAUCCUCCAUCUCUCUGCUGGGCUGUAAAAUAAAUCCUUAAUGUUUUCAUUAGGUUCGUAUUUUUACACUCCAGACCUGGUACCGUAGAUAUUUUCACCCUAGUCCGGCAGCUAAGCUGCUCCCCUACAUCCUGAUGAAUGAAGACCCCGUUCGGGAAGAGUGCAACAGGACAGAGAUCCAGAGCUGAUGCAGGGCACGCAGGUGUUUCUGCAAAUAUGAAGAAAAAGAACUCCCACAAAAAACACAAGAACAGUCUGGGCCCCACCAAAGCAGUGUCUGCAGAGCCUCGGAGGAACAUCGUAGGUUGUCGUAUCCAGCACAUCUGGAAAGAGGGGAGCUCGACGUCUCAGUCGCAGUGGAAAGGCACAGUGCUCGACCAGGUGCCCGUCAACCCCUCGCUCUACCUCAUCAAGUAUGACGGCUUCGACUGCGUCUAUGGCUUGGAGCUACAUAAAGAUGAGCGGGUACAAGGCCUCGAGGUGCUCCCUGACCGUCAAGCCUCAGCACGCAUCAGCGACCUCAACCUGGCCGACACCAUGAUUGGGAAGGCUGUGGAGCACAUGUUUGAGACUGAGGAUGGAACUAAAGACGAAUGGAGGGGAAUGGUUCUGGCCCGAGCUCCCAUCAUGAACACCUGGUUCUUCAUCACAUACGAGAAGGACCCCGUCCUCUACAUGUAUCAGCUCCUGGAUGACUACAAGGAGGGAGACCUGAGGAUCAUGCCUGAUUCAAAUGAUUCUCCACCUGCGGAGCGAGAGCCAGGGGAGGUGGUGGACAGUCUUGUAGGGAAACAGGUGGAGUAUGCAAAAGAGGAUGGUUCCAAACGAACUGGCAUGGUCAUCCACCAAGUGGAGGCCAAACCCUCUGUCUACUUUAUCAAGUUCGACGACGACUUCCAUAUCUACGUCUACGACUUAGUCAAGACCUCCUAAGGGCCGCAUUUGAGCCCUUCACCUUUUUUGCGCUACCAAGCCGAGGCAAGGUUCUGUGGGCCGGCCUGGUUGCACAUUAGUCCAAUGUAGCCGAAAACAGUUAUUCAAAUGAAAUUUAUCAGAGCAAGCAAAGUUGGUUUGGGUUGGGCAGUGAUGUAAACAUUGUGCUGGGUUGUUGUGUCCAGUGGAGAGCAGGUCUGUCAGGGGACUUUACCAUGGAUGUGGAAGUCAUCACCAUCACUAUAAGGAAUCUUAUCGAACAACAUUGCCAAAAUGUCUUUUGAACGUUUCAUGAAACAAUACCUUCUUUGAGAUGUGUCGGACGGACAGCUGAAUUGGAUUACUUAAUUAAAGCGUUUGGAUUGCUCUGGUGAGAGGAAGGCGGCACUGUGCAACUGUUCACUUAAUUAUUGGUCACUGAACUUGUGGCUGUGAACAAUAGCUGUUCUGUUUACUGGCAUGUCCUAUAAAAAGAGUGAUCUUAAAGGGACUGUCGAGAGCUUUUGUAUAAUUUCAGCCACUAGUUUUGAAAGUUGUGAUAUCCAGGAAAUAUGGGUGCCUGUCUUUUGUGUAAUAUGUCAUCCAUUUUGUAUUUGUUACAUCUUACUACAACAAUGAAAUAUAUGUAUAUGUUACACAUAUGUUACCAGUUUGUUGUGCUGAAGAUCUGAGAGUGCAUCUUUAAGCCUACCUUGUCUCAAUCCCUUUUGUAAGGGGACAGCGGGGAAUAUACACACGUACACACACACACACACACACACACACACACAGUGGAGAGAACUGAAAGCAUGUAUUCUAUAAUUUGUAUCAUAGGUACUCUUCAACUGUGAGUGAUGGAAUCUAAAACAAAAAUCCAGAAAAUCGCAUGUAUGUA